AUGCAGCGCUCGACGCAAAGAGGGCUCUUACCCGAGCAAGAAGCUGCUAAUUCGAUACCCCCUGUCAGUCCGUGUACGAAACUUUCGCAAACCUGUCAUCAGCCCAACGCACUCUCGCAACUUGCAGUAAAAGCGCUCAACAGAGCUAUCACGCCAGCUUUCCGAGGACCUCUCUUGCAAAGAUCGAUCGCAAUGUCGUCUGUCCUGCAAGCGACGACAGUGUCUGUCGAAGCAGCUACCAACUACGCUCGAUCGAAAGUGCAAGGCGAGCGCAAGCCAGAUGAGCGAGUACUCACGCUCGAUUCGAUCAAUCACAACGUCAAGACGGCAGAGUAUGCUGUGAGAGGUGCAAUCGCUCUACGAGCAGAGGAGCUGCGGGUCAAGACGCAGAAGGGCGACACGAAAGACCUCAACUUCAAGGAAGUCGUGAGCUGCAACAUCGGUAACCCUCAGCAGCUGGGACAGACACCGAUCACCUUCUUCCGACAGGUCGCUGCACUGUGCGAGUGUCCCGACUUGCUCGAUAACCCGCUGGCGCCAAAGCUGUUCGCUCAAGAUGCUAUCGAUCGAGCACGCGAGUAUAUCAAAGCCAUCGGAAGUGUCGGAGCCUACUCUCACUCGAAAGGUGUGCCUCUGAUCAGACAAUACGUUGCCGACUUCCUCGAAGAGCGAGAUGGUCACAAGGCAGACCCAGAGAAGAUCUAUCUCACUGCUGGUGCAUCGGCAGGCGUGUCGAAUAUCAUGCAGCUCAUGAUCGCCUCGCCAAACGAUGGCGUGAUGAUCCCCAUUCCUCAAUAUCCCCUCUACACGGCCGCGCUUGCACUGAACAAUGCGCAACCGAUAAGGUACUAUCUGCAAGAGGAGAAGCAAUGGUCUCCCGAUGUGGAAGGACUCAAGCAGGUCAUCAGUGAGGCUCGCGCUUCUGGUAUCCUCCCAAAAGCAAUCUGCGUCAUAUCGCCCGGCAAUCCUGUCGGCAAUGUCCUCUCGCAAGAGGCAAUCGCAGACAUCCUCAAGUUCGCCUACAACGAGCGACUUGUCGUGCUUGCCGAUGAGGUUUACCAGACCAAUAUCUACCACCCGUCCCAGAAGCCAUUCGUGUCGUUCCGCAAAGUAUUGCGAUCCUUGGGCGAGCCAUACAGCUCCUCUGUUGAACUCGUCUCCUUCCACUCAAUCUCAAAAGGCCAAGUCGGCGAGUGCGGUCGAAGGGGAGGCUAUUUCGAGAUCGAGAACUUCGAUCCCAAAGUCGAGGAGCAAAUCUACAAGCUCGCAAGCAUCCAGCUCUGCCCUCCGCUGCAAGGUCAGAUUGCAAUGGGCAAUCUGAUCAGGCCACCUCGCAAGGGCGAUGUGUCUUACGAUGAGUACACCAAGGAAGUCGACGACAUCCAAAAGACGCUUGCCAAGCGCAGUGACGUGCUUCACAAAGCCUUUAGCGAGCUAGAAGGCGUCGAUUGUCAGCCAGCAGAGGGCGCGCUCUAUCUAUUCCCCCAGCUAAAGCUGCCAGCCAAAGCGCAGAAGGCAGCUUCGGAGCAAGGCAAGAGCGUCGAUGCAAUGUACUGCAUGGACUUGCUCAACGAAACCGGCAUCUGUGUCGUCGCCGGCUCCGGAUUCGGACAGGAAGCCAACACAUUUCACUUUCGCACGACUGUCCUUGCGCCCGGCACGGAAGAUUUUGUGCAGAGACUCAAGGAGUUCCACAACGACUUUUUGCACAAGUACUCUGACUGA